AUGGCUCCCUCUUUUCUACUGUUCAAUACCAUCAUACGUGUCAAGAUCAGCAUGUUCUCACCACUCUUGUUCUUCCGGCUGGCUAUAAUCACCAUGCAAUUGACCUCAGCAAUACUGACAGCAAGGCCCUUCAUUGAAACAACAGAAUUUCCAGCUCAAGUUCCAGAUUUUCCGGAAGGGCCUAUCAUGGUCAAUAUGUUCAGCUUCAAGCCCGAUGAUGUGCCUAAGACACCUUGGUCUGCCACUUUCAGACACUUGGGCAUGAGUGUAGCUAACCGAGUUGCAAUGGAUCCUGGGCCACCCCAAACGCAUAUCCCAUACUACUCUUUCUAUAAGAAUGCCCAGUCCUUUCAAAAGAAAUAUACUCAGAAAGGGAAUCAGAUUAAACAAUUGGCUGAAAAAGUUCUAGAAUUGGUCAAAACACUAGAUUAUUCACCAGCUGUUCAAAAUAUCUGGCUUAGCAAAAAAUCGGAACUCGUACAAGAAUGCCAAACAUUAGCGUAUCAGGCCUUGUUGGAACCAAAAAAGUUGCAGGACCUGGAAAGGUAUUGGGCUAUAGGAAUAUGGGUAGCACUCGAAAAAGGAAAAAAAGAAGAUAUACAUUCAGAAAUCGAGAUCCCGGGAGAUUUUAACAAACAGGUAUAUUUGGAGACACUAGUUACUUUGCAUCAUAGCCCCGCAAUAACCAAAGCAUUUGAUCAUUGGGUGAAUCAAAAAUCCAUCACACCUAGAUCUUUUGGCGGAGGACUUGAGGAAUCUUUAAAGAGGGCUGCAUUGAUUGGUGAACACGAGGAUGAACGUACCGGUCAACCUCCAUACCCAAUUGCAAAAUUGGUCUCUGAGUACCUCACAUCACCUGAAUUACCUCAAGAAAUAGACCAGAUCUCGAGGUUACUUGGUCAAUAUCGCGAGAUUUUCAAGAACAUUGAGGUACAAAGUUGGGAAGGCCAAUACGCUAUUGCCAUCUUUAAACAUAUACAGAACUUCCAGUCCUCACGAACCAUCAACGAAUCACUUCAUCGGGCCCUGCAUGAAGAACCUUUCUGGGUGGAUUUCCAUACAUUCAUUGCUAAAGAUGAUAUCGUUCAAUAUUCUAAAAAGCUCAAGCGUUUCCUAAGCAGUGCGAAACUAAAGUCAAACACAGAAUUGAAUCUGUACUCCAUCUUAAAAGAUCCACUACAGGUACACAUAAAUUUACAUGAUGCAAUCAAACAACUGCUAUUAAAAUUGAACACUAUUUCAACGGAAAGAUUGGAAUAUGCAUAUAGAUUGAUUAUUGCCCAUGCAUUUCUGAGACCAACUUUGGAAAGGGAAAUCCUUUCUCAAGAUUCAUGGGAUAUUGUUUUUGGUCUUCAACGGGCCUGGGCUUUAGUAUACCCAGGAUUGGAAUUGCCACAUGUGGGCGUCAUGGACUAUCGAUAUUCCAUUUUGAUAAAAUAUCCUCACUUGCUUGCACAUGCUAACUGGGAUGUCUUCAUUGAUGAUGCUCGAUCUGUCUCACGAGAGUUUUCACAACGUUCCAAUAGGAGUUCUCUCUGGGAUAAGCCUCAAAGACCAUAUGACAUUUCCACAUAUACAGAAGCAUAUUAUCACAAAAUCAUGACCACAAUGAAGGGAUCUGAAGAAAACAGAGUUCUGUAUACAAUGGGUCUGGAGAUGUUAAUGCAUCUCAACAGUCUUCCAAAUGGACAAGAAUUUCUCUUGAAAAUGCUCAAAGAAGAUGGAUUUAAGGCUUGGGUGGAUGAUGCUAUCAGAGCUGUACGUUCACAUAACCAGUACAACUGGAAUUUUUGGCCAUCCCUCUUUGACCCGCCACGGGAAAAUCUUAAACUGAAGAAGUUUGUAGAUGCCCUAAGCAAUAUACUUUUGUUUCAAAUGCAACAGGAGAGUGAUCAUGCAAUAUUUAACAGAUGGAAAACAGAUUGGCCAACAAGACCAAUAGCUAGGAUGAAGAUUGGUAGACGUGUGUAUAAUUUUAGCCCUGAAAACUGGCAAGCAACGUGGACACCAUUGGAUUAG